UUUCUGACUUGUUAUGACGUAUGACGUUCAUUUCUGUUUCUGUUGAAUGUCCAUUUUACUUCGCCAAUUCGCAUUCAUUGCGCACGCGAUUUUGAACCAACACGGUUGUUUGCAAGCAAAACAUUACUUAGUUAUUAAACAUGCCUUCGUGCCAUUGCCAAGUGUAAAUUUAUUAUUAUUAUUUCAGUGUAAAGUAACGUUGUGAUCAAAUAUCCAAAAUGAGUGCCAAAAAAGAAACGAAAAUCUUUGAAGACAAAAACACAGAUUCAGGCUAUCUGUCUGGAGUAAUAAGUGAACAGCUGUCAGGAGAAAUAGAUGUCGAAGCCGUUUGUGAUAGUGAAAAAGUGUGUCAGUUUUCGGAGGAACAAUUAGACAGUGGUUUAGAUUUAUCAGAAUGUCUUUCUAAUGUUAAGAUUAGUGAUACGGACACGCAGGUGCCGAGAAUUAAUGUGGAACCUUCAAGGAGCCUGGACUACCCACCUUACCAAAUACUUUUCGAGCAGGACGAUGAUGGGGACACGCAACUUCACAUUGCAUCAGUCCACGGCUGCGAGAAAUCAGUCAGUACUCUCAUCAGAGUCUGUCCAGAGAAAUCUUGGCUAGAUGUGGCCAAUGAUUACGGACACACAGCAUUACAUUUAGCAGUUAUGAGUGGGAAUGCAGUGGUCACAAGAAUGUUGGUGAUUGCGGGAGCAUCACUGGCAGUCAGAGACUUCAAUGGCGACACACCGUUGCACCUCGCGGUAGCCGCUAACAAUAAAGACUGUAUCCAAGCUUUGCUAGCGCCUGUGCAGGAGCAGCCGCAUCGGAAGUUGUCCACCGUUCUCAAUCAGAAAAACUAUAAUGGUCAGAUGUGUGUGCACCUAGCGGCCGCCGCCGGACACGUGGACACACUCAACACGCUCGCCUACUACGGCGCAGACCUCAAUGCUACGGAGGGACUGGCGGGCUGGACGGCGCUGCACAUAGCGGCGCGGCGCGGGGACGCGCGGCUGUGCGGCGCGCUGCUGCAGCGCGGCGCCUCGGCCCGCGCGCGCAGCAUGGCCGGCCGCACGCCGCGCGCCAUGGCCGCCCGCACCGCCGCGCGCGCCGCCUUCGCCGCGCUGCCGCCGCCCGCCGACCACUCCGACACCGACAGCGACAUCAGCGACUCCGACGAUGACGGAGACGAUAUGUUUGACAGCGACACGGAGAGUUUGUUUGAAAAGCUAAAGGAAAGCGCGAACUUCAUCAAUGUCGCGUGAGCCCCCCCCCCCUCCCCUGCAGCCCCGCGCGAUACAAGCAGAUAUAGAGACAUAUAGUUUAUUAUAUUUGUAUAGAUAUAUUAAUCUUUGAUUUAUGUAAUUGUCAGCCUGCAAUAAUCUUUGUACAAUUCGAAACGAUCAGUGAAUUGUUUAACAGUUAUGUUUGACCUGCUGAUAACUUUGCCAGUGGGCAGUGCCGCAGCCACACGGCGCGUAGAGCUCGCCAGAUAGCAUCGCCCUAUCAGAGGUUAAAUGUACGACGUAUUUAUAUAUCAAAACUGUUUUCGUGGCUAGAAUUAUAUCUCAUAUACAGUUUAAGUGAUAAAUAUGUAAAAAGUCUAUUUACGCGCGAAUGUCAGUGACAGUUGACAGCGGCCGCCUUUCAUGUCAACUGUCAGAUGUCAGCUGUCAGCUGUCACACAUAGUUAUUGUCAAUGGUUUGCGCGCGGAAUAACGGAAAAGGGGCCACGUCUUGCUCUUAGAGCCCUAUAUAUUUAUGAGUAAAGUGUAUAUGCGGUAAAUAACAAUUUUUACCCGUCUGAAUGGGACAAGAUCUGCGCAGAGACUCGUGUAAUAUUUAACCCGGUGAAAUAAAAUGUUCAUCGUUGGUAUUAAGUUUGUCAGAUAAAUUGCGGCUUUGUCCUAACUUUCUAAGAAAGCAGUGAUUAAGGUCCGAUAUUGUCGAAAUCUUUUUCUCUUAUAGAGUUGAUUUGUUUCUCGUUAUCUGUGCAAUUUCACUCUUCCGUACCGCCGAAGAGGAAUGUUAGUCAGUCCCACUACCUAGCCUAGUGUUUGUCUUAGGUUUUAUAGUUAUGUAUUUUAAUAAACUGCCUCUAACUAGUUAAUGUUACGAAAAACAACACGUGUAAAUAAAUCGUUUAAAAUUUGUUACAUUUGAAAAAUUAUUGCGCAGUUUUAUUUUAACUUAUUAAGUAUGUAUCGCAUCUACCGAUAAGUGAAUAUGUAUUACUUUUAUUUUAUGUAACAUUAUUUGACAAACAAUAUAAAUAGAUAUUUACA